AUGCUGGCCACGCUCGCCGUGGUCGCGGGCAUCUCCAUCAGCCUCGCCCCUGCGCACAUCUCCUUCUCCAUCGCGAGCGGCGGGGCGCUAACCAACGCCACACCCGACAACAACAUGUACUACAACUUCACCGUGGUGGCUAGCAACAACAUCAGCUCGCGCCCGGCGGUGCGGUAUGGCUCCCUGAGCGUCCAGAUAUGGUACAGCCCUACGGGUUGGGUCCCGGCUGAGGCCAAUAUGACCGCCGCCGUGUGCCAGCAGCCGGGGAACGCGACCAACUUCACCAUCUCGGCUCAAUACUUGGAGUUCAACGAGGUCGGGGCGACCAACAAUGGCGGGCAGCUGGACACAGACAAGGACAGCAGCGGCAUCAAUAUCACCUGGCCCAACUGCAAGGUGGUGGUGGAGGCCAAGGUGUGGUUUAGGUUCAGGCUGGUCACCACAAGACAGUACACCAUCAGGGCGUCCUGCUAUCCUGUGGAUUUCAGGGAUAGUGUUACUGCACCCGUCAAUUGUACCUUCUAG